AUGGAUGUCGUUGUAUUAAAAGAAGAAGAGGUUGAGUUGUUGGAGAAGAAACUUAGGGAUCAAACAACAGGUGUUGUACCAAAGUUGAAUGGAGAUGAUAUAUUGAAGGCAUCGGCAUUGGUCGAUUGGUUGGUGUCUAAUAUGCAGUUGACUAGACCAAAGGCAGCAGAGUAUGGUCAGAUGUUGUGGAAUCGUGGAGUGUUUGAUCAUGUUGCUCCUCAUCCAUUCAGAGAUGAUGAUCAACUCUUUCGUUUGAAACAGAAUGAACAGCAGCAACAACAGUCCAAUGGCCGUAGAUCAACCGAUGAGAACCAAUGGACACAGCUGAAGCACGACGCGCCAAACAAAGAUGUCGCCAGUGCUGAUCCAAUUGCAAAACUACACAAGUCGAUUGAGAAUGCUACAAAGGUAUAUCAAAAGUUGCUGCGCGAGAAGAACCAGGCGUCGUCGCCAAACACAUUACUGGGUCUUAGACUGCUGGACCAGACGUUGAACUUGAUAGCCGCACCACAUAACAACACUACACAUCAACAUUACAAUCAGAUACUGUCCAUGCUACAGAACCCUACUAUAUCAUUCGUCGCUCAGAAUGGCGACGGUGGUGUCGCCUCGUCUGGCACGCCAGACAACAAAUCGGCAGCGCCAGCAGCACACACAGCAAAAAAGUCCACGACUACAACAGACUCACAUCAACAAGUACAGCAGCAGCAGCAACAAGGAGGACAAGGUGGUGAACCAGAUGUAGAUGAGAUACUGGCAGUGUCUGAGAAGAUCGAGUCGGGACUGCUGGAGCAGCUACGCCUCGCACAUCAACAGACAAACUACUUGAAGCAGAUGAAGAAGACAAAGACUGGCGGCGCAGCAACACCCGCGGCGGCGGGGGCGGCUACCACCGCGCCAAGCGGAGUGGCGUCAAAGUUUGUGCCCGCCACCGAGGAGUCGAUAUCGUUGCAGCGACAGCGCAGCAGCAGCUACUUUGGAACGGGCGCGCUCAAGGGCAUCGACCUGGCGCCGGUCGUCAUUGGCUGCGUUGAGAACAAGUUCCCCAAGUACCUGAUCGCCGAGACCAAGAACGACAACUUUGUCUUUACGAUCAACGGUCCGGCGCACGACCAGCUUGAGUCAGCCAACCACUCAUGCUUCAACAGCCACUUCUUUGCGCGCACCAUCUCCACGUACCCGCAUCUGCCUGGUCACCCCAAGCGCGAGGGCGAUCCCAUCUGCGACCACUUCUGCGUGCAAGUGCAGAGCACCCGUGUCAUUGCCGCUGUAGCCGACGGCUGCAACUGGGGCAUCAGGCCCGCUGAAGCUGCACUCAAGGCUUCGACGUCGUUUGUCGAGUUCAUCUCACGUGCACUCUCCUCCGAGAUCCAGACCGUGCAGGACGCUGGCAACCAGAUCCUGUCAGCCUUUAACUAUGCACACAACAAGAUCAUUGAUGGCAAGACUGACAUCUGGGAGGCGGGUACCACCACGCUCAUUGGAGGUGUGAUGGUCGAGUUGCUCAAUGACAGCUCAACUGUGGCUGGACAGCAGGCAGCGCCCCUGUCGCGCUCAGUGCCCGUGUCUAACGCUGGCCAGCAGAAGGACCUGACCAAGACGACGUUGGGCUCGCCACGUGACAACACACCACCCUCCAAGUGGGGCUUCAUCUGCGCGAGUGUUGGCGACUGCAAAGCCUUCCACUUCAAUCACGCCACCAAGAAGUUUGUCGAUAUUACAAAGGGCAACCGCCAGAGUGUCGACGACUGCAAGGACCCAGGCGGCCGUCUGGGCCCAUACGUGGCCAACGGCCACCCUGACCUGCGCAACCUCUGUCUUCACUUUUUGCCGUGCCAGGAGAACGACAUCAUCAUCCUGGUGUCGGACGGCGUGCACGACAACCUCGACCCACAGACCAUUGGCGUGCAGCCCAAGGACAUCCAAUUGCCCCACGAGUCGUGGGAGAGCAUGGAUGCCGAGAAGGCACAGGAGAGCAAGAUCAAGUACAUGCAGGAGUUCCUCAAGAUGAAGCUUCGCACGGCCGACGUCGACGACCCUCUGACUUCAAAGAUGAUCGUGGAGAAGCUGUUGGAGCACUGCUUCGAGACCACCAGGUCCAGUCGCGACUUCAUGGAGACUUUCCCCAACAGGCCACUUCCAGAAGAUCUCAAGGCGUAUCCAGGCAAGAUGGAUCAUACCACCUGUGUGGCUUUUAGAGUUGGAAAGCAGUCCUUGUAA